CGCAUGACCUUAAAGAUUAUGAUGCCAUAAUUAUGGAGGAAAUGCUUGGAUCCGAGCAUUUACUCGUAAACAUAGAAUAGCGAUGUACUGAAGAAACAGUGAAGGCCUACUUGAAAACAGUCGAAAGUUAUCUUUUUUUCAAUAGAAAGAACAAUAUUUGCUAGGACAAGCAUUCAGAAAGAUUGAAUAACUGUAAAAUGGCCACCGAGAUAAUGGAUUCUCAUUCUCAUAAUAUUACGGUGGAUGUAGAUUAUGUCCUAAAAUAUGGAGAUCCACGAGUAAUUUCUUAUCCUUUGAUGGAUUCACCAUACAAGACAUACGCAGGUGUUAUCAUUUUUCUUAUUUAUAUCAAAAUAAUUGGACCUAAGAUGAUGAAAAACAGGAAUCCAUAUGAUUUAAGAACACCGAUGCUUCUUUACAACAUUGUUCUUGUAGCUUUAAGUGGAUGGAUGUUUUAUAGG